GGGAUUUCUCCAGAAAGCCUCGGCCCCCCGUCAGGAGGCUCUAGAGGAAGGGCGCAGACUCCAUUCUGCUGGAAAUUGCCAGCUCCACGCUCGGACUAGAGCGGGGCCAUGGAAACAGGGGAAGAUGGUCAGGACAGUGAGCUUCAUCUUGCUUUUCUUCAGGUGACAAUGGUCAGCAUCAGUAUCCUGUUGUUCCUCAUCGUGGCCACCAGGGGGUGCAGCGCAGCUGUGACCUAUCUUGAUCCUGAGAAACAGACCUGUUUUUUGUCUCCAUCUCUUCCCCGAAGCUGCGUGGAAAUCAAGGAGAGAUGUCAUGGUGCCCAAGAUGGCCUGUAUUUCCUCCGCACCAAGAAUGAUGGCAUCUACCAGACCUUCUGUGACAUGACCACAGAUGGCGGUGGCUGGACCCUGGUGGCCAGUGUGCAUGAGAACAACAUGUACGGGAAGUGCACAGUGGGUGAUCGCUGGUCCAGUCAGCAAGGCAACCGAGCCGACUCCCCUGCGGGUGACGGCAACUGGGCCAGCUACAACACAUUUGGGACUGCAGAGGCUGCCACCAGCGAUGACUACAAGAAUCCUGGCUACUGUGACAUCCAGGCCCAGGACCUGGGCAUCUGGCAUGUGCCCAACAAUACCCCCAUGGAGAACUGGAGGAAUAGUUCCCUGCUGAGGUACCGCACUGAUACUGGCUUCCUCUUGAAUCUGGGACAUAAUCUAUUUGGACUCUACCAGAAAUACCCAGUGAAAUACGGAGCAGGAAAGUGUCAGACUGACAACGGGCCUGCGAUACCUGUGGUCUAUGAUUUUGGUGAUGCCCAGAAGACUGCGUCUUAUUACUCCCCUUAUGGCCGAAAUGAAUUCACUGCAGGAUUUGUCCAGUUCAGAGUAUUUAAUAAUGAGAGGGCAGCCCAUGCCAUGUGUGCUGGAGUAAAGGUCACGGGAUGCAACAAUGAGCAUCACUGCAUUGGUGGAGGAGGAUACUUCCCAGAAGGCCAUCCUGUGCAGUGUGGAGACUUUUCUGCCUUUGACUGGAAUGGAUACGCUGCUCACAGUGGCUGGAGCUGCAGUCGGGAGAUCACGGAGGCGGCCGUGUUUCUGUUCUAUCGCUGAGGCCUUUGUGCUAUGGGACUUAGACCCCUUCUCCCAACUCUGGGAUCCCAGGGAUGUGGAACACCUGACCUAGUAACUACAUUGCUAAUGGGACAGGAAAGAAGAAUAAAUCGUAUUCAUCAAGGCUUAA